UCUGUUUUUCUCCCGCACGGAGACGCUGGGACUUCGCUUCGCUCGGAGGCUGCUCCCCGCCCGCACCGCCCCGCCCCGCCUCGCGCUCGCCGUCGUCAUCGUCUUCCUCCCCGCCUCUUCGCCGCUCCUCGGAAUCAUCCAUCCGCUCCGGUUAAUGGCUAAGACGCGACAAGAAGCGAUCAAUAUGUUCCUAGAACAGGUUGCAUCUGCAGAGAAGCUUCGCCCAGAGACCGACCCAGAGAUUGUCUUCUUCAAGAGGUACUGCAUAGCGCUUUACUGUAGACCCGAUGGAAUGCUACCCUGCCAUAUCUGCCAGGAAGACAACCCUAGAAACACUCCCAUCUACAUUGAUGAAACUAAUAUGAAGUCUCACUGCAAGAUGCAGCAUCGCAGGGCUACUAUCAAGUGCACUGAGCAGAACUGCACAGUUCUGUUCAACUCACUGGCUGAUAAAGAACUGCACAGAUUCUAUUGCCAUAAGAAAGCCUAUGGUUGGUGGAUCCUUUGAUGGUGCGGUGGUGGAUCCUUUGACAGAAGACCCGGAUGUGUAUAUAUCGUGGAGUUCUUUUAUUGCUUGCCAAAGAUUCUCGACUGUUAUGUGGUACUGCAGUUCCCGUUGUCCUUUCCCGCUCCAAGAACAUAUGCAGGAUUUUCGAUACCACGUAUGCAUGAUCGGCGCGUUGAGUAUUGUAUCUUUUUGUUACUCGAUGCAUGAAGCUUUGGAUAUGUCGUACAAAUCCGUCGAAUGUUACUGACUUGAUGAUUUCAUCAUAAAUAGUUCAUAGUAGCAGAUGGUCCAUAUCUUAAUUCGAGACUUAUUCACAUAGUGACAGAUGACCCACAUCUUAGUUCGAAACUUAUUCGUUAAUGAGGAAUAUCAUUUCACGA